UUCCUCCAUUCCUCUACCAAAAUCUCACCCAACUCUCUUUUUGACUUUGAGAACUGUACCCAUUUCUCUUUCUCACUCUCACUCAACUCAGAAAUUUAACAAACUCAGUUAUGGAGAGGCAGAGGAGUUUCUCACUGAAACCCACCAGAUUCUUGGUCUUUUCUUUCACAAUCUUCUCCUCUUUCAUCUUCCUCACUUUCUUCACCACUUGGCUCAUCAAAGCCACCCCUCCAGUUCCCCAACAAUUCCAUCUCCAGUUCAACAAGUCCUCCUUCGUUUUGGGUUUCUCUGGAAAUUUACCCCUCAAUGGUCUCAAAGAUUCAAUCUUGAAGACCACCCAUGUCACCAAACCUGAAAAUGCUUCUGGGUCUGCUGGAAUUUCAGUUCUUGCUGUGUUACACAGGAAGGCCAAUGAAUCCAAAGUGGCACCAAGUGAAGAAGAGAGAGGCGGUGGUGGGUUGGAUGGUAAUUUCACAGCAUUGGCACCAGUAGAGCAAAAUGUUGGAGCAGAGGAAGUGGAAAAGAUUGAAUUGGUCUCGAGUAGUAGUGAAAAGAUUGAAGAGAACAAGAAUGAAGCAGCUUCAUUUGGAAAGACUGAAACUUUAAGUAGUGGGAAGGUUGAAGAUGAGAGAGUAAAUGGAGCUUGUGAUUUUACAAGAGGGAAGUGGGUUUAUGAUGAGAGCUAUCCUUUGUACACAAAUGGUUCAUGUUCUUUGAUAGAUGAAGGGUUUAAUUGUCAGGGCAAUGGGAGAUUAGAUAAAGACUACAUGAAGUGGAGGUGGCAACCCCAAGAUUGUGAAAUUCCAAGGUUCAAUGCAACAAAGAUGCUGGAGCUAAUAAGAGGGAAGAGACUAGUUUUUGUAGGUGAUUCAAUCAACAGGAAUCAAUGGGAAUCCAUGUUGUGCAUGUUAAUGGGAGCAGUAAAAGAUCCAAGCAGGGUCUACGAGACUCACAAGCGCAGAAUCACUAAAGGAAAGGGAAAUUACAGUUUCAGAUUUGUGGAUUACAAGUGUACAGUUGAAUACUAUGUGAGCCAUUUCUUAGUUCAUGAAGCAAAGGCAAGGUUAGGGCAGAAGAGGAAGCAAGUAUUGAGGAUUGAUGCUAUUGAUCAUGGCUCAUCUAGAUGGAAAGGAGCUGAUAUUUUGGUAUUCAACACUGCACAUUGGUGGUCACAUUAUAAAACCAAAGCCGGGAUUAAUUACUACCAAGAAGGCGGCCAAGUUCAUCCAAAGCUUGAUGUCUCCAUAGCUUUCAGAAAAGCUCUGAUGACCUGGGCAUCAUGGGUUGAUAGAUACAUCAACCCACGCAGAACUCGGGUUUUCUUUCGUAGUUCAGCACCAUCACAUUUCAGGGGAGGUCAAUGGAAUUCAGGUGGGAGUUGCAAGGAAGCUACUAAACCACUUGAGACUUUAAGUGCUUCUCCUAGUGAGAAAAUUGUGAUUGCAGAGGAAGUCAUAAAGAAGAUGAGAACUCCCAUCACAUUCUUGAACAUAACUGGAUUAUCAGAAUACAGAGUAGAUGGUCAUCCAUCUAUAUAUGGAAGAAAAUCAGCCUCAGGCAGUCAAGACUGCAGUCAUUGGUGUCUUCCUGGCAUUCCUGAUGUGUGGAAUGAAUUGUUGUAUGCUCAUUUGCAGUAA